AUGGCUCACAACAACUGUAACUCCAUGGAUAUGGAAAUUGAAGCUGAAGCUGCCGUUCUUCGAGACAUUCAGAACAAAAUGGCUGAAAAGAUGGCUGCCAAGACGGUUCCACAAACUGCGGAAGAGCAAAAGGAGAUCGACGCCAGAUCGGUGUUCGUCGGAAAUGUUGACUUCGGAUCAACGAUUGCAGAGAUUCAAGAUCACUUCAAAGGAUGUGGCGUGAUCGUUAGAACCACUAUCCCAAAGGAUAAGUUCACUAAAAGACAAAAGAACUUUGCCUACAUCGAGUUCGAAUCGUCUGAAAGCAUUGAAAAUGCUCUGGUUAUGAACGGCUCUCUGUUCCGAGCUCGUCAAAUCGUCGUCACCGCCAAACGGACCAAUGUACCAGGAAUGGGAGCACCAAGAGGAGGUCGAGGUGGAGCCACGAGAGGUGGUAUCCGUGGAGGUCGUGGAGGACAACAAACCGUCGUCGUAAAGUACGUUUAUGUCAAUGGAACAGCUCCAAGAGGACGUGGAGGGUUCAGAGGACGAUUCAAUCCGUAUUAA